CUAACCAUCCCUUAUGGCUCACAGUUGGUUGACAAUGUAGCCAUUCUACAAAUAGACUUGGUGUGGUGUUACUUCAUGCUCAAAGACAUGAGUUGGCUCUCAGAUGCAGGCGCCCGUCUUGCAAAAGCCAGGGAAGGCCUUGAGCGUGCUCAUGGUAAGGAAGCUAGUCGUGUUAGACUUCUUCAAGGUGGACGCUAUCUGGAGGUUGCCUUGCAUGUACGGCUGGAGCUGUUAGAAGGAGUUGUUGCAUAUCACAGUGGUUGGUUACAAAAAUCUAGACAAUCUCUGAGUUCUGCCCAAGCCAAAUAUAUCCAGCUUCAAAUUCCUGAUGAGGCAUUGUCAUUAAUUAUGAGCAUGGGCUAUAAAUAAAGAAAGAGAUGCAAAGAAAGCACUGAGAAUGAACAAUCAAGAUGUUCAAAGCGCUGUUAAUUUUCUGAUUGAGGAGAAGGAGAAAAACAAAAGGAAAAAAGAGGAGAAUCUUACUAGACAAAGAGACCUCCUGGAGCAAAGACUAAAAAAACCUGUUAAUCUCCACUAUCUAAAUGAAUUGGUUUUGGUCGGGUUUGAGAAGGGGCUAGCUGCAGAAGCCCUCCGUAGAAAUGAAAAUGACAUGCAGAAGGCUCUGGAUGACCUCACUAAUCCACAAACCAAUUCUGCUAUUCAGCAAUACAUUGAGUCAAACAAAAAGAAAAGGUUGCGUAAUGCACAGAAUGCCGCAAUUGAACAGAUUGCUGCUAUGGGUUUCCCAAGAGAAUCAGUGAUCGCAGCUGUUCGCACUUUUGGGACACGGCAAACAGCUUUGAAUAACCUUCUAGGCCAAUCUUCUUCGUCCAUUACCAGCAAUCUUGCGCCAGUUGGCAACGAAGGCGGCUUGGGGCAAGAUGGUAAUUUCCCAAACAAUGAUGGUGAACAGGCAUCGGGUAGGAAUGAAGAUUUAGAGGAAGACGCUUUUGGAGAUCAGAGUGAGACUGGAUUAGUUCAGGAGGAGACCCGUGACGUUGAAAUGGAGAGGGAGCUUACUGAGGAAUUGCUGAAAGGAGACGCCUACUCUGACUAUGACCUUGAGCUUACCAAAGAAGGCGAAGCGAUCGCCCAAUAUCUGACUCUUUUAACAUCUUCGUGCUAAAUCUUUUGUACCAAUCUACUUGUAAAUUUCUCUUCGAUCACGAAUUGCUGGAAUAUGUUUCUAUUUGAAUGAGUAUUUGCCUGUUCCAUAUUUCUUGGUUUCAGUUUUCUAGCUUUAUUGUUCGUUUUUGAAGAGCUCGCCAAAUCAUGAUAGUGGUGCAGGAUCAGAUUAUAAUAGACCCCUUUGAGUGCCAAAAUUAGGUGCCAAGAAAUCUUCAAAACGACU